UGUUUCAGCACGAUAAGUACUCCCUCUUUUUCCGGUAGUGACCCUGCUCGUGGCAAACACAAAUUCAAUAUGCAGAACGAAGCAGGAGAAUACGUUGACAUGUACAUUCCUAGGAAAUGUUCUGCCAGCAAUAGAAUCAUCCAUGCAAGAGACUAUGCCUCUAUUCAGUUGAACAUCUCUGAUGUUGACGAAACAACUGGGAGAGUGACUGGUACAUACAAAACCUAUGCUGUUUGUGGAUCAAUCAGGCGCAUGGGCGAAUCUGAUGGCUGUAUUAACAGAUUGGCGAAAAAGGAUAACAUUUUGUCAAAGAGUUUCCAAUGAGUAUCUACUGCCUGCCAGGGUUGCAAAUAUACAUCAACUAUGACUACUACAUCUACAAAUACCGAGGGACAGCUUCAAUGGUCUUUUCUGUAACAAGGUCUGGUUUCGAUCCAUGCAUUAAAGCUGUGUGAUUCAUUGGA